GUAGAAAAAUAUGUGCACGUAUUGGCUGAAACAGAGCGUUUUUUUUACUGUCGUUACAUACCAUAUGACUUAAUGUUGGCAUGAUAGAAGAAAAUCGAGUAUUAGGCUAAUUCGUUAUUUAAUUCUAACCUAGUUUUUGGCCGGUCUGGAUUGUUAUUGUUUAUAUUAUAAGGUAGGUUCUAAAAGGUGUGUGUUGUGCUAAUAUAUUAAAAUUAGUAUUGAAAUGUGCACUGUGUUGUUAUUGGUGAUAAAAAAAUCUAUGACUGUGGGUUUUUAUCAUAAUCAAAAUUAGGGUUGAGAAUAAUCUCCACUUGUGGAAUGUCAUUAUGAAGAGCUGAUUAGCUUCAAAAUGUUUGUACAUGAAGAAUAAUGUAUGAACUGUGUCGACUGAUUAAAUUAUGUUAUUUGAAGCUUCAACAAAUAAAGAAUGCAACAGAAGUAGAAGUUGUCAAAAUGAGCAUCCACCCAUCAUCAAAUGGCAGCAUCCAAGAAUUAAAUAUAAAUCCAAGCCCUGUCAGUAGUCAUUCUGUCACUCAGGAAGAGUUACACACUAUAGAUCCAAGCCUUGUCAGUACUCAUCCUGUCACUCAAGAAGAGUUUAACACUACUUACCGAUACGUUGACAUUCCAGAAACUGAUUUAAGCCAAACAUUAAAGAUGCGUGUUGCUCAGUUUAAUAUAAAAUCGUGCUUGUUUUGUUUACUACCAGUGCUGCAAUGGCUACCAACUUAUAAUUGGAAACAAAACUUCAUUAGUGAUUUCAUAUCAGGGUACACUGUUGCAAUUAUGAAUAUCCCUCAAGGUUUAGCAUAUUCAAAUCUGGCAGGUGUUCCACCAGCAGUAGGAAUUUACACAGCAAUAUUUCCUGUAUUCAUAUAUUUUUUAUAUGCAUCUUCUCGUCAUGUUAACAUGGGCACAUUUGCGAUAGUGUCAGUGAUGGUCAGCAAGCCUGUGCAUUCUUUCUCCACUCCUUCAUACUUUAACUCAAGUCAAUUAACCACUGCGACCUUACAACAAUUGUACACACCCACUCAAGUUUCCACAAUUUUAUGCCUUGUUGUUGGUAUUUGGCAAGUGAUUUUUGGUGUUGUUAGGCUAGGCUCGUUAUCUGUCCUAAUGUCAGAAACUCUUAUUAGUGGUUUUACCACCGGAGCUGCUGUUCUGGUAAUUACUUCUCAAAUGAAACAUGUUUUUGAAAUUAAUCUGCCUUUUCGUGAUGGUCCUUUUAAAUUAAUUUACACAUACGUAGAUUUGGCCAGAAUGAUAAAACAAACAAACUUCAUAGCACUUAUUUUGACUGUUUGUGUGAUCAUGAUACUUAUUGUGAAUGUUCGGUACAUAAAGCCAAGGCUGGCUAAGAAAACAAGAUUUCCAUUACCCAUAGAGUUGAUAAUGGUUAUAAUAGGCACUCUCAUCUCCAAACACUUUCAGUUGUCUGAGAUGUUCAACAUCACUGUUGUGGGGGGUAUUCCCACUGGGUUGCCUGGACCAUCUCUACCCCCUUUACCUCUAAUACCCAACGUUCUAGUUGAUAGUUUGGUUAUUGCACUAGUGGCAUUUUCAAUCAAUAUAUCCAUGGCAUCCAUGUUUGCUCGUAAAGAUCAUUAUAAAAUAGAUGGUAACCAAGAACUGCUAGCUUGUGGAUUAGGCAACAUGGUCGGAUCCCUGUUUUCCUGUUUGCCGAUUUCUGCUUCGCUCACUCGCAGUCUCAUCCAAUAUAAUGUCGGUGGCAAGACUCAACUCGCGAGUGUCGUGUCUUGUUGUCUGUUGAUCCUAGUGUUGCUCUUUAUCGGACCAUUCUUUGAACCUCUUCCUCUUUGUGUACUAGCUGGCAUAAUAGUUGUAGCUCUAAGGAAUAUGCUUUUGCAAGUGAAAGACUUCCCUAUGAUGUGGAAACACAAUCGACAAGAUGGUAUAAUUUGGCUGAUCACUUUCUUCUCUGUGAUACUUAUAGACAUAGAAAUUGGUCUAGGUGUGGGGAUUAUUGCGUCCUUGGUUUCCAUAAUUCUCAUGAGCCAAACUCCACAGAUUAACUUGCUAGGUAAUCUACCUAACACGGAUCUUUAUUUGGAUAUUGAUAGAUAUGACAUGGCAUAUCCUGUUCCAAACACGAUAAUUAUCCAGAUUUGUGGAGGAUUGCACUUCGCAAACAACAAUUUUGUAAGAGUUAAAAUUAAAAAGCUUUUAAAAAAGGAGUUGAGAGAUGAAACAAAACCGGAUAUUAACAAAUUUAUUAUUGACAUGUCAGCUGUUACGUUUGUUGAUCCUGCUUCUUCUCAAGUUUUACUUGAUUUAGCCAGUGAUCUUGAACAACGCCAUAUAUCAUUGUGCCUAGCCAAGUGUUCAAUUUAUAUUAUAGAUCAACUGAAGAAAAGUGAGUUUUUUCAAACUUUUCCUGAGAGGCAACUAUUUCCAAGUGUUCACAACGCUGUUUUAUAUGUCCAGAACUCAGAAGGUGAUGAAAGUACGUGAUGAUUAAGUACGACAAUUGUGUCAAUUCUAUUGAUCAUGUUUAAUUGAAUUCAAGUUGGAGUAAUUGUGAUUAACAACAUGAAAGUGUCAUUGUAACACUAAGUGCCAACCCAAAAAUAUACAAUUUUUAUAUUUUGUUUAGCUGUAAUAAAAUUAUUCCUUAUA